AUGGCGACCUGCCCAGUCCUGCAGAAAUUCAAAUUGUUUCAGUCAGGGGCCCAGGUCUACAGAAUCCCUGCUCUGCUCUACCUGCCUGGGCAGAAGACCCUGCUGGCCUUUGCAGAAAGGCGGCUGAGCAAGAAGGAUGAGGAGGCAGAAGUAAUUGUCCUGCGCAGAGGAGGUUACAAUUCGACAGCCCACCAGGUCCAGUGGCAGGCUCAAGAAGUGGUGACCCAAGCCCAGUUGGAGGGCUACAGGUCCAUGAACCCAUGCCCCUUGUACGACGAGCAAACGGGAACCCUCUUCCUCUUCUUCAUUGCCAUCGAAGGGACAGUCUCUGAGACCCACCAGCUCCAGACCAGGGUCAAUGUGACACGGCUAUGCCAUGUCACCAGCACCGACCAUGGGAGGACCUGGAGCCCUGCCACAGACCUCACAGGCAAAGCCAUUGGCCCAGCCCACCAGGACUGGGCCACAUUUGCGGUGGGCCCGGGGCACUGUCUGCAGCUACGUGACAAGUUGGGAAGCCUGGUAGUGCCCGCCUAUGCCUACCGGAGCCUACACCCUCUCCAGGCCCCAAUCCCCUCUGCUUUCUGCUUCCUCAGCCAUGACCAUGGGCAAACAUGGGAGAGAAGCAACUUUGUGUCCCAGGCCACACUGGAGUGCCAGGUGGCUGAGGUCGGGGCGGGGGCACAGAAGGUGGUGUAUCUCAAUGCCAGGAGCUCGCUGGGAGCCAGGGUGCAGGCACAUAGCACCAAUGAUGGCCUCCACUUCCAGGAGGCCCAGGCUGUGAGGAAGCUUGUGGAACCUCCAUAUGGUUGCCAUGGGAGCGUGGUGGGCUUCCCCAAUCCUAGCUCAGGGCCUGACCCCGUGGACACAUGGCUGCUGUAUACCCACCCCACAGAUGCCCAGCAGCGGAUGAACCUGGGCGUGUAUCUGAACCCACGGCCCCUGGACCCCAUGGCCUGGUCAAUGCCUACCCUGCUGGCCACAGGCCACUGUGCCUAUUCUGACCUGCAGAGCAUGGGACCUGGCCCUGAUGGCUCCCCACAGUUCGGGUGUCUGUAUGAGGCAAAUAAUUACGAUGAGAUUGUGUUCCUCAUGUUCACCCUCAAACAAGCUUUCCCAGCUAGAUUUGAGUCUUAA